GUUAUGAAGAUAAUCCGCUCUCUGGAGAGUCCAUAUUCAGUCAUCCGUGCCAAGGCCUUCCUCGUUCUUCUGCAGGUCCUUAUGAACAACAGAGAGAUGCUUUUGCUCUGCUGUAACUCCAGGCUAGUGAUGUACAUUGAAAGAGACGUCCGAAAGGCCACGCCAGGAAAGGAGCAACAAAGCGGCAAUGAAUACCUGUCAAAAUGCCUGACCCUCUUCAUCUGUCACACUGUGCACGAACUGCCAGCCAUCCUGGAUGACAUCCUGUCCGUGUUAGGCAGCAUUGUGGGAAGGAAGCACCCCUCUCCUACGCAGUCCCAUCAGCUGAAGCAGAGCCUCCCUAUGAUGGCUGUUGUGCUGCAUCUGCUCACCUCACAGCUCAAACUCAUGCUGGAGCUCUUUUUCCUUAAGAUCUAA